CCCGAGCGCUCGGCCCGGAUCGGCCCCUCGGCCCCGCCGCCCCCGGAGGCCUGGUGCGGCCGCGGCUCCGAGGCUCCGGCGGCUCCGGCGACGUUCCCCGCGAUCGCAGGCGGCGGGUCCGAGCCCCGCGACUCUUUUGGUAACCAUGGCAUCUGGAGAUGACAGUCCAAUCUUUGAAGAAGACGAAAGCCCUCCUUAUAGCCUGGAAAAGAUGUCAGAUCUUGUGGCUGUUUGGGAAGUUGCUUUAAGUGAUGGCAUCCAUAAGAUUGAAUUUGAACAUGGAACCACAUCAGGCAAACGUGUGGUAUAUGUGGAUGGGAAGGAGGAGAUAAGGAAAGAAUGGAUGUUCAAAUUAGUGGGCAAAGAGACUUUCUGUGUUGGAGCUGCACAGACCAAAGCCACCAUAAAAAUAGAUGCGGUCAGUGGUUUGGCUUAUGAAUAUACUCUGGAAAUUGAUGGUAAAAGUCUCAAGAAGUAUUUGGAGAACAGAUCGAAAACCACCAACACCUGGAUACUGCACUUGGAUGGGGAGGAUGUGCGAGUAGUGCUGGAGAAGGACACAAUGGACGUGUGGAGCAAUGGCAAAAAGAUGGAGACAGCAGGUGAGUUUGUAGAUGAUGGGACCGAAACUCACUUUCAAAUUGGGAACCAUGACUGCUGCAUCAAAGCUGUGAGCAGUGGCAAGAGAAGGGAAGGAAUCAUCCACACACUCAUCGUAGACAACAGAGAAGUCCCGGAGUUUCUGGAGUGAGUCCCUGCUAACCUAAUCUGAGGAAGUCAGGAUCAGGACUUGGAAAUUACUGUGGCGAUAAAAUGUGUUCGGUAUAGAAUUCUUGGUAGACUUAGUUGGCCAGGGUUUUAUUUUUUAAUUACUGGAAACUAAUGUUCCCAGAGCCAGGAGUGGGGGAAAAUUAUGUGAAUCAUAAAAAUUGCAAUUUAUUUUGUAUAUAGCAAAGAUAUUUUCGAAUCAAAUGAAAAACAAGAUGUGAACCAAAAUCACUUUUUUUGGGGGUGGGUCCACACCAACCGGGGUUCAGGGCUUACUCCUGGCUCUGCACUCAGGAAUCAUUCCUGGCAGACUCAGGGAACCAUAUGGGAUGCCAAGGAUCAAACUUGGGUCCCUCCUGGGUUGGCAGCAUGCAAGGCAAAUGCCCUACCACUGUGCUAUCUCUCUGGCCUCAAAAAUCACUAAUGUUUUACUAAGAGGCACU